AUGGAGGAGGAAACCUAUAGAGUUAGAAUCAAUAUAGAUGGUGAAAACGAGAAGAAGAAUAUCGAUUCUAGAGCCGGUAUACCUAUAAUAAAAACAUCACUUAAAACCACCAAACCAGCAGAGGUCAUAAAUGUGGAAUCUGGAAUAGAGGCGGAAGCUUCGCUAAAUGCAGAUGAAGCCGAAGCAACACAAAUCAGAACCGUUAUCGAAGUACUUGACGAAGAAUUACUUUCCAGCGAUUCUGAAGCAUCACUUACGAUGAGACCCACUUACUUGGAACAAGGUGAACUUGAAGAAUCUCUCGAUUUCUUCGAACAACUAGGCUCCAUACCCAACAUUGGCUCACUGGAGGAAAAAAUACAUAAAAAGGCGUCAGCAAAGUCCGCAGACACAAUGGUAGCCAACGAAGUGGACGAUGGCAGAGAUAUUGGCAGGUUUGUCGAUCCUUUAACCGGCGAACUUUUGUCUUCUACUUCCGAAGAGGAAGAGCAGGAAAAAGAGGAAGUGACAGAAGAAGAAGAAGAAUCUUCUAAAUCGGAAGACAUUGAUUUUUCGGAAGACGAAGAGUUGCUUGAAUUACUAAAAGCCGAUCAAGAAAUCGAAGCGCCGAAGCCUUUGGAUGACACAGAAGUAUUUGAAACAUUUUUGGAAAUGGAAAAAGAUCGCGUUGUGGUCGAUGUGGUCGAAUUCGAUUGGGUAGCUUAUGAACGUAAGAAGGAACUAAACAACAUAGCGACAGAUACGCUUGUGUUUCUAAAGGAGCUCAUAAAGCAUGCGGUAGACAAAGUUGAAUAUGUCGAUCCAAAAGUUUUAUUGCGUCAGAAUCUUGAUAAAGCUGCAUUAAUUGCCGAGAUUGUGCAAAAAUUAGCAGAGCUUGAAGCAGAGCAGAAAUCGCGCACCUAUCUUAAUCGCCGCGUUGUUGAGUAUUUCUACCGCAAGGGCCAAUAUCGUGUUUUUACUGAGGAUCCGCCAGACACAAUAAAUUACGAAAUGGAAAGAUUCAAAGAAGCCACAACCAAACUCGAUCUUAUGCUUGCCAGAGAACAAGAGGUUAAGAGAAUUUCGGAACGAAAACUGGCUGAUCUACAGCAAGCAGAAUCUGAGUGGCAAAUAAAAAAUCAAGAAAUUUGGCAAGAACUUGAGGAAGUGGUUAGGAAGACUUUCGCCCAUAAAGGGGAUCGUUUAUCGCUGGCGGUUGAUUCGCAAUUGCGAACAAUGGGCAAGUUGCGCGACGAAAUCUCUGCAGUGCGGUAUAUUUUGAUACAGAAGCAGCACUCCAGUGCCGCGAUGACCGAGCAAAUCAAGCAAUUGGAAGACCUCGGCAAUAACUUACAAAUGCGUGACUAUGAGAGCCUGCAAAACGAAGUACAGGCAUUGGGUAAAAAAAUUGAAGAACGCAAUGCCGAUUUGAAUAAGUCACGAAUGCGUUGCAAUACGGACAUACACAUUAUGGGACAUUUAAAGGAGAAGCAGGCCACGUUGCGUUCUAAAAUUAAGCUUCAAAAUACAAUGUUGGCUAGUCUGCAGAAAGAGAAGCAAGCGGCUCGUGAAGCUAUUUUCAAUUCCAAAAAGCAACGUACCAAAAUAAGAAAGGAAAUCAAAGAACUUAGCUACCAAUGCGGCUUGCUCGAUAAACCGGCACUAAUGCUGGACUAUGAUGCCACUGUGGCGCAACUGAAAGUUGUCGGCGAGAAUGUGGAGAAAUUGCGUUGUAAACAGGACGAAAUACAGCGUAAAAUUGCAAAACUCGAGAGUAAAUGCCUGUAG